AUCUGGAACCGAAGGAAAGUUGCCCAUUGCCGCCCAUAUAAAUGCGUGAACUUGAUAUUCACUAACACUUUUCCGAGCACCGGUGAAUAGAGCACUUUUACUUUAAGUAAUCUCAAUCGAGAAAUGUGAUUGCACAAAAUGGUGAAAAAAGGAUUCUUUAUCUUUGCCGCUUUCGCUGCACUCGCGCUGGCUAGCGAGAUCGAAGACAACGACCAAAAGAAGAGGGGAGCUGGGAAGACGACCACCCUAAACGCCAUCCCAACAGGGGCUCAAAAGCCCGAUUAUACUUACAGUAUUUAUGCUCAAAGCCCUAGUGCACAAAGUAGCCCAACUCAAUCCUAUCAAAGUCAAGUGCCAAACUCUUUCUACCCCAGUCAAAUCGCAAGCCAGUAUUACGCUCCGUCUAACAAUGCUGAUGCACCACCAUCGCACCUUCAUACUCAAGUAUCUCCAAAUGUAAACUCACAGAUUCCACAGCACACGCAAUCUCAGUUCGUCCCUAUUAAUUUCGUCCCCAAUCCCGGCUAUCAAUCGAAAUACCAAAUUGUAUCCCCAAAGCCGAGUGGAAACGUACAGUUUGCUAUAUUACAGCAACCUGCAAUACAACCUUCGUCAAUACUGCAGUACCCUAAUACAUUUUACUCAUCAGGCCACACAAAUCAUAUCGCCCCUCAAAGUGCAAUUUUAGGUUCGCAGGGGCAUUUUAGUUUUCCUUCUUUCCAACCUUUAUCGUUAGGAGGUAGUUUCCUGCAACCGUCGAUGGUUGUUCUACCUCAAGGCCACGGGCUUUACAACAAUUUGGUGUACCCUAAUCCUACUCAAAGCUUUUAUAACUAUUACCCAUCGGCUCUGCAAGCGAAAUACAGCUAUGCGUCAGGGCCGACUGUAUCACAGUCCACAGACCAGUCUCAAAACACAAUCUCUCAGUCGGUUACAAAGGAAGACUCCACUAGCGCGCAGAGUAGUGACUAUAUAACUCCUUCGGACACCAGUUCUGGAUACAAGAACGCUUACACCAGAAGUACUUAUUCCAAAAUUUGAAGAUGCCAAAAAUUGCUUUUAGUUUAUUUGUUGUUAAUUGUUAAUCCAUUUAUUUAUUUGUUCGACGUAUUCACUAAGUUGUUGGUUUUGUGUAUAUUAACAAAUAUAUUGUUAUAAAUAUUUA